AUGGCCAGAGCACGAGGUCCUGCCCAAAAUUCAGGACCAACAAUACAAGACUACUUGAACAGGCCAAGACCAACAUGGGAAGAAGUGAAAGAGCAACUAGAAAAGAAAAAGAAAGGAUCCCGGGCUUUGGCUGAGUUUGAAGAAAAGAUGAACGAGGUUGCUCUGAUUCUUCCAGCAGUUCAUCUGAUUCAGAAGAUGAGUGAGAAUAAAUUCAAGGGUGUGUUUUUCUUUUCUCCUACAAUAUUUAUGGGUAGGAUAAAAAGCAAGGGAAGAAAAGAAGGAAAAAGAAGUAUCGCUCCUCACGGAAAUCUUCAACAAGCUCAACUUCUGAAUCAGAGUCGGACAGCAAGGACAGCACAAAAAAGAAAAGGUCAAAGGAAGAUUAUGAAAAAGAGAAGGAAGGCAAAAAUCACCACAGGAAAAGGAAGAAAGCCAGUCGUGCUGAUGGACCUUUAUCAUCAGAAUCCUUAUCAGAAUCGGAUCAGACAGAGGAGGUGCAAGCGAAAAAGAAGAAAAACAACGAGGAAAAAGAGAAAACAGAUAAAACAAAAAAGAGAAAGAAGCACAAGAAACAUGGUAAAAAGAAGAAAAAGAAGAUUGCUGGCUCAAAUUCAGAUUCGGAAUAAUAUUAAAAAAACCCCACAAGACUAUCAACAGAAGUGCAAUGACUAAAGGAAACUUAAACUGUGAAAUGACAGCAAACUUUACCAAACUGCAUGAGUUUUCCUGUGUUUUAGAAAUACUCCCAAUCUUUCAGUAGCCAGCCAGAUGCAGCUGUGCUGGGAAAGACCAUUGUUAUUGCCUGCUGCUUAAUACAUGAGGUACAACUUUUAUAAAAUUCCAGUAAGCAGUGUUAGAUGUUUGAAACAAUAUGAGAUGGUAGUCCAGCUGAGGUGUAAAAUAUUGGAAAAUAAGAGUUAAACUUUUUAGAUAGUAAAGGUAGUCUUUUAAAGCAUUAGUAAUAGUCUUUAUUUGUAAAUCAGGACAAAUAAAAUCCCAAGUUCAUCCUGCAGGUUAAUAUUAUACACCAGCUUGUAAUAUUUUAUGUCUGCUAAUGGCAUUUACAAAAUAAGAAAUUAAUGAUAACAUUUAAAAUGCUGCCUUUGUAGAAAUGUUUAUCAUCUGCCCCAUUACCGUCUUCAUGCUUAUGAGAAAGGGAAUGCUACCAUUUUGGCUAAUUGAACAGGGUGCCUUUGCCUUUGAUUCUUGCAAAUCUCUGCUAUUUUUAAUCUGUGCAGCAUCUCUGAUUCCAGGGAAGCCAGAACUAUUGUCCACAGGCUUUUUCUGAAUAAGCAGUUCGGGGCUUCUAAGCAUGUGCUUCUGCAUUAAGCAAGAGCAAUGACAUUUUGCAGUAUAACUGACAUUCAAAACCUGAAGAUUUUACCUCUGAAAUAGCGAUAGAUCUUUGCUAGUAAAUACGCGUAUUUCAUUUAAUGUAAUUCUGGUUUAGUUGAACACUUCUUGCAAACACUGGUAGCUUUCUUUGUGUUAUCUUUAGAAUUGUUUUGCAUGAUUUGUACCAUUUUUAAAUUAACAAAAUGCAGGUAAUCAUUUGUUGUAACCAGUUCUAUGAAUUAUGUUCCACAUGCAGAGUUUCAUGUAUGUAUUUAGUUAUUCUUAUAGUUAAGUUCAUUGCUGUGUUUAAGUGCAGACUUGCUGAAGAUAUUUAGCAUGUAAAAAGCAGGGUUUUGAUACCUUAACAGCUUCAUAUUGAAGCUGAUUUUACUCUAGGCAAGUUCAGUGGCAGACCUGUUACGUGAUGUGUCUUGUUAGAUAAAAAAAACUACUGCCAGAAUCUCAUUAAAGAUACUGUUUAAACAGUUUGUAUUUAUAUUUUUGUACUUGAGGGCUACAGAAUGUUGACCU